GUGCUACGGCCAUGCAUUUGGCAGCCUACAAGAAACACCUGGGAACGCUGGAAGCUCUCGUGGCGAGCGGGGCCGACGUGGAUUUAGUCAACGAUUUGGGCAACACGCCCCUUCACGACGCAGUUUCAAACGGGCAGCUUCUCGUGGUGGGCAAACUGGUGGGUCUCGGGGCAUCCGCCAGCAAGAAGAAUAAGAAAGGGGAGACGCCGCAGGACCUGUUGGAGAAGACGCCUGCUGUUAAACUCUUCUCCGUGGCAAAGGAAUUAGCUGCGGCCGACAAGGAAAGGAGAAGGAGCAUGCAGGACAGACAAGAGGAGCAAGAGAGGGAGAUGAAGAAGAAGUAUGACUCUAAAGAGGCGAAGGCAGCCAACCUGCAGAAGAAAAUCUCAGACUUGGAGGAUAAACUACGAAAGAAAGAAGCAGAAAUCAGAAAUAUAGAGGCUGACCACGAGGCCCGACUGCGGGACAGAAACAUAGCCUACAACGACAAGGAAGACGAAGCAGCCGACUUGAAGAGGGAGGGCGUACACCUGAGGCAUCUCGUCUGAAAGAGGAAUCGCGCCAGAAUCGAGCGCUAACGACGCAGAUCAGAGAGAAGGAGAACGAGCUCACACAAGCCGAGGAGGAGCACAAGAAAAGGAUGGGAAAAGUCGCAAGACGGGCGAAGAGGGAAGGGGAAGCGAGGAGCGAGCUUGAGAGCAACCUCAGGAGACGAGACAGGAGCCGCCACGUAACCCUGAGGCGACGGACCAGUCCUCGGCCUCGCGCAGGAGGAGGGCUCGGAGAGCAGCUGGCAGCGACGAGACUUCCCCAGCAGCUAGCACGGACGGGCCUAGGGAAGCAGCAGGCAGGAGAGACAGGCCUCAGCAAGCAACUGGCAGAAAAGGCAAGGCUAAGAAAGCACAUGAAAAUGACGAGUGUUCGGAAGUAAGAGGCAGGAGGGAGAGAAUAAGGCAGAAAGCAGACAGA